AUGAACAGUUUAAUAACUUUAUUUCAAGAGGAACUGAAGGCUGUACUGAAUCCAAUAAAAGAACAUGUGAAAAAGCUGACUGAAGCUAGAAAGGAAUAUGACGAAACAAUCUCACAUAUCAAGAUUCAAGCUCGGGACACAGAGAAGCAGAUCAAGGAGGAGUAUGAGAGAAUAUACCAGUUCUUACGAGAUGAAGAGAGGUCCAGGCUGAUUGCAUUAAGGAAGGAAGAGGAGGAGAACACUCGAAGGGUGAUGGAAAUGAUGGACAACAUCUCCAAACACAUUUCCACCCUGUCAGGCAAAAUAGAAUCGACUGAGAGGAGACUGAUGCGGGAUGACAUAACUUUUUUAAAGACGUACAAGGAUACAAAGGAAAGACUUGAUUUCAAGUUGCAAGAUCCAGAGCUGCUGUCAGGGGUUCCGAUAGAUGCGAACAAACAUCUGGAACCUUUGAAAUUAAGAGUGAAGAAGAUUAUGGAACACAUACUCUCUCUGCCGGACCUAACCACAGCAUUAAACACUGGAGACGAACAGCAGCCUUCUGACAACACAGAGACACCUGGUCAUUUGGGAUUUGUUUUGGCCUCCGAGGGGUUUACCUCUGGAAAACACAGCUGGGAGGUGGAGGUGGGGGACAGUCCUUCCUGGGCUGUAGGGGUGUUGGAAGAGCCCAUAAACAAGGAGAGGAAGAUCACUUUCAGACCAGACAGCGGUUUCUGGGCGUUAAUGUUGAAGAAUGGAGAGUAUCAAGCUGGAUACACCAGGCUUGAGGUCAAGAAGAAACCUGAGAAGAUCGGAGUAGAGCUGGAUUAUGACAACAGACAGGUGUCCUUCUUCAACUCCACUGACAAGUCAUGCAUCAUCAGUUUAGAAAACAAAUGCAGUGAGAAACUCUUUCCAUUUGUCUGUCCUUGGAUAACUGGUACUGAACAAAACCACGAAGGCCUGCAGAUCUCCAUAUUAAAGGUAAAAUUUCUGACUGAAAAAAUCCGGAGCUUUCUCAACAUACCUUGGCCAAAGUUGCCCAGCAUCAACACCACCUCAAAACCAGCUCCAGUUAAAAUCCAUGUAGCGGUCAGUGGCUCCACCCUGAACUCCCAUGAGAUAUUUAAAAGAAAGCUGGACAUGUCCCUGGAGGAGUGCAGCCAGGAGAACUGCAGAAUAAUCCUGGUGUUCUGUCCCAUUGUCACUCAGAUGGGGAGAGAUAUGGAAACAGCCUUGAAAAAUGUUUCCGGUGAUAAACCCAUCAUUCUGGUGCUCAUGUACCACAGUUACAACCCAGACCACAUUGAUGACAUUCCGAUCACACCACCCAGGAGCAACGUGGUAAAAGUGGUCCAGUGUGUUUUCCAUGAGACAGUCGGACUUCUGGAGUGUGAAUUAAACCAACGAGCAGUGAGAGCAGUGAGAGCCGAGUUGCAACAAUUCCAGACAAAAACUGUAGUGGUCGGACAAACAGGAGGACUGUGGGAGAUAACCAGACUACUUGGUGGAAACCCACAAAAACGUGGAGAGAACAUUUAAACUCCAUAUGGACUGAGCAGGGAUCGACCGCAUGUCCUUCCACACCACCCAGGUGCUGUGAGACAACAGCACUACUCGCUGCAGCACCAAACCCCAGCUUCCAUUAUAGUUACCCAGCUGAAUCUGAAUACUCUACUGAAGCAUGUUUUAUUAAAUCAGUGUAUCAGUGACUAUUUGUAGCAGUGAUUGUGUAGCAGCUAAAGUAGACGUGAGACCUGUAUGCUGUAGGUUACAAUCCCAGGAACACUGCAGAUGAACCCUUGAGCUUGGUGUUUACCCUUGAAUUCCCUCACUGAGUAGAUAUGUGUACAAGUGGGUGAGUGGAAGGAGUACAGAGCUCUAAACUGCUUUUAAUUACUUUCUCAUAGACACAGAUGUACAGUAAACUACAGAUGUUGAAAAACUACUGGGUUUCUUCCCAAGAGCUUCACUGUUAUCUGUAAACACCCUGGAAACAGGCUGACAACAUUUCAAACACAAGUUUGAGCAGUUCUGUGUUCCAGCUGUGAAAUUCUCACAAAUUGGUCCUGCAAAUGUAAAAACUUCUGUGUUUAUUAAUUUCAUUGUCACCUAAUAUUCUGAUGUGAUAAUGAUCCCUGCUCCCCUGUAUUUCUAUGUCUAAGUAUAUAAAUAAGGUAUUAAAGACAAGCCAUGCACCUCGUCGAUGUGUUGUAUUAAUUCUGCUUAUUUGCAAAUAAAGAUGGUUAA